UACUCAAAAACCAAAUUCAGAAAACACACACAGAUACUUGUAGAUUUUCUAAGCAAAAUAUUCUCAUCAACUACACUCAAACUCCAUCUAAAAAAAUUGCAUAACAAAAAAUCACAUUCAAGAUUCUUUUUGAUUUCCACUUUCACAUAAUGGGUCGAUUUAGAUUUGUGUUUUUUUACUUUAUGCUUCUAGUAAUCUUGGUGAUUCAAGCAGAGGCAGGGAAAUUUCCAAAUACAACUUCACUAACAUAUUCAAGAAAGAUGAUGGUCCAAAGAGACUUAUUGAUAGCAGAUCCGCCAGCUGAAAAGUCAUCUAUAGAAGGUGAAAAUGAAAUUGGAAAAGGACCUUCUUCUUCCAUUGUUGAAGCUCCAGAGAGUAGUGAAACAGAGCAUCAUCAUUCUGAUAAAUCCGUUGCUGGUGGAGGGGUAAUUAUUGGUGGACUUGUUACUGCCCUUUUUGCUACUGUUUAUUGCUAUAUUAGAGUCACUAGAAAGAGAUCAGAUGGAGUACAGAAUUUGUGAAUAGUAGGAGUUACUUAUCAUAUUCAUUCUUCAUAGAUAGGAAAUUUUUGUGUCACAAACAUGGGUAAUUAAUUAAUUCAUUACAUACAAUUCAGGAUGUUUGGAACUAAAUUUGUCACUUUCUGUAUGAAUUAGAGUUGAAUAGUAGUUUAUUACUACUAACAGAGCAUCAUCAUUCUGAUAAAUUGGACGGAGUAUUGUACUUGACUGUAUAUAGUGUAUUCCCGUGGACUGCGCCUUAAUUUAAGUGAACCUGCUAUGUACUGUCCAA